CACUUUAGAGACAGAGUAGAGGAUAAGGCUGGUCAGCUGUCAUGAGCCAGAUUGCAAGGAGCUGAAUUCUGACAUCUCUGUAGCUACUGCAGGACCAAAGGUCUGACACCCCUAGAAGGAACUCAAGGCACCUUUGCCAAUUUUCAGCAGGUUUAUCUCUGGAAAGAUUCUGACAUGGGGUCUCGGCCUGAGUCUGUGGGAUGCAGAAAAGGCACAGUGCCAAGGCCAACAUCUCUAACAGAAACAGGCUUGACAACAGAACUUUUCUCCCCUGUGGACCUUGACCAGGUCAUUGUCAAUGAAAAUCGAUCACUGCCCAGCCAGAAGCAUUGGCUUUUCAAGCACCUGUUUUCAGCCCAGCAGGCAAAUCUGUGGUGCCUUUCUCGUUGUGUACAGGAACACUCUUUCUGUCAGCUCGCAGAGAUAAUAACAGACAGUGGUUCCAUGUACUUCACCUGCACCCUCUACCCAGAGGUGCAGGAGUGUAAUGACAUCAUGGAGUCCAGUCCCCAGGGCUGCAGACUGAUCCUGCCUCAGAGGCCAAUGGCCCUGUUCCGGAAGAAAGUUAUACUGGAAGAUAAAGUGAAGAACUUUUACACUCGCCUGCCGUUCCAAAAACUGAUGGGGCUAUCCAUUAGAAAUAAAGUGCCCAUGUCUGAAAAAUCUAUUUCUAACGGGUUCUUUGAAUGUGAACGAUUGUGUGAUAUGGACCCAUGCUGCACUGGCUUUGGAUUUCUUAAUGUUUCCCAAUUAAAAGGAGGAGAGGUGACAUGCCUCACUCUGAACAGUUUGGGACUUCAGAUGUGCAGUGAAGAUAAUGGAGGAGCAUGGCGCAUUUUGGACUGUGGCUCUCCUGACAUUGAAGUCCAUACUUAUCCCUUUGGAUGGUACCGGAAGCCCAUUGCUCAAAAUAAUGCUCCCAGUUUUUGCCCUUUGGUUGUUCUGCCUUCUCUCACCGAGAAAGUCUCUCUGGACUCGUGGCAGUCCCUGGCCCUCUCUUCAGUGGUUGUUGAUCCAUCCAUUAGGAACUUUGAUGUUGCUCAUGUCAGCACUGCUACCACCAGCAAUUUCUCUGCAGUCCGAGACCUCUGUUUGUCAGAAUGUUCCCAACAUGAGGCCUGUCUCACCACGACUCUGCAGACCCAACCUGGGGCUGUGAGAUGUAUGUUCUAUGCUGAUACCCAAAGCUGCACACAUAGUCUGCAGGGCCAGUACUGCCGACUUCUGCUUCGUGAAGAGGCCACCCACAUCUACCGGAAACCAGGAAUCUCUCUGCUCAGCUAUGACGCAUCUGUACCUUCUGUGCCCAUUGCCACCCAUGGCCAGCUGCUGGGCAGGUCCCAGGCCAUCCAGGUGGGCACCUCAUGGAAGCAAGUGGACCAGUUCCUUGGAGUUCCAUAUGCUGCCCCGCCCCUGGCAGAGAGGCGCUUCCGGGCACCGGAGCCCUUGAACUGGACAGGGUCCUGGGAUGCCAGCAAGCCAAGGGCCAGCUGCUGGCAGCCAGGCACCCGAACAUCCAUGUCUCCUGGAGUCAGUGAAGAUUGCUUGUAUCUCAAUGUGUUCAUCCCUCAGAAUGUGGCUCCAAACACGUCCGUGCUGGUGUUCUUCCACAACACCAUGGAGGGGGAGGGGAGUGAAGGAUGGCCGGCUAUCGACGGCUCCUUCCUGGCUGCUGUUGGCAACCUCAUCAUGGUCACUGCCAGCUACCGAGUGGGUGUCUUCGGCUUCCUGAGUUCUGGGUCCGGAGAAGUGAGUGGCAACUGGGGGCUUCUGGACCAGGUGGCAGCUCUGACCUGGGUGCAGACCCACAUCCGAGCAUUUGGCGGGGACCCUCGGCGCGUGUCCCUGGCAGCAGACCGUGGCGGGGCUGAUGUGGCCAGUAUCCACCUUCUCACGGCUAGGGCCACCGACUCCCGACUCUUCCGGAGAGCUGUGCUGAUGGGAGGCUCCGCACUUUCCCCGGCCGCCAUCAUCAGCCAUGAGAGGGCCCAGCAGCAGGCAGUUGCUUUGGCAAAGGAGGUCAGCUGCCCCAUGUCAUCCAGCCAAGAAGUGGUGUCCUGCCUCCGCCAGAAGCCUGCCAAUGUCCUCAAUGAUGCCCAGACCAAGCUCCUGGCCGUGAGUGGCCCUUUCCACUACUGGAGUCCUGUGGUCGAUGGCCAGUUCCUCCGGGAAGCUCCAGCUAGAGCUCUGAAGAGGACUUUACAGGUAGAGGUCGAUCUGCUCAUCGGGAGCUCUCAGGAUGACGGGCUCAUCAACAGAGCAAAGGCUGUGAAGCAAUUUGAGGAAAGUCAAGGCCGGACCAGUAGCAAAACAGCCUUUUACCAAGCGCUACAAAAUUCCCUGGGCGGUGAGGACUCCGAUGCCCGCGUCGAGGCUGCUGCUACCUGGUAUUACUCUCUGGAGCACUCCACGGAUGACUACGCCUCCUUCUCCCGGGCUCUGGAGAAUGCCACCCGGGACUACUUUAUCACCUGCCCUAUAAUCGACAUGGCCAGUGCCUGGGCAAAGAGAACCCGAGGAAAUGUCUUCAUGUACCACGCUCCCAAAAGCUACGGCCAUGGCAGCCUGGAGUUGCUGGCAGAUGUUCAGUUUGCCUUUGGGCUUCCCUUCUAUCCAGCCUACGAGGGGCAGUUUUCUCUGGAGGAGAAGAGCCUGUCACUGAAAAUCAUGCAGUACUUUUCCCACUUCAUCAGAUCAGGAAAUCCCAACUACCCUUAUGAGUUCUCACGGAAAGUGCCUGAAUUUGCAACCCCCUGGCCUGACUUUGUACCCAGCGCUGACGGAGAGAACUACAAGGAGUUCAGUGCACUGCUCCCCAAUCGACAGGGCCUGAAGAAAGCCGAUUGCUCCUUCUGGUCCAAGUACAUCUCGUCUCUGAAAGCAUCUGCAGAUGGAGCCAAGGGCGGGCAGUUGGCAGAGAGUGAAGAGGAGGAGUUGACGGCUGGAUCUGGGCUAAGAGAAGACCUCCUAAGUCUCCAGGAACCCUACAGCAAGUGACCAGCCCCUGAGUGCCCCCAAAACCCCACCCGCGGCUGCCAGCUAUGAGCAUGUUUUUCUCUAAAAUAGCCACUUACUUUCAAUAAAGUAUCUGCAUGCAGUGAA